GCCAGGGAGAGAGCAACAGCGAAGCACAGUCAGGCGAGGCGCGCGGCCGGCCCGAACGCAGCCCCGCUCCCGCCGAAACCGCCAUCCAACUGGUGGACACUUGGCAUGUGCGUGGCGGGGCGAGAGGCAGCGGCGAGGGGAGGAGGAGGAGGCCCGGGCGUUAGUGUGGCCAGGGGUGUGCGAGCGGACGCGUCACUCUCCGCCCGGCUGAGGAAGGAGCAUUUUCUCACGCUCGCUCUCGGCUCGGGGACCGCCCGCUCGGCCUGCGCUCUCGCUGGCCUCUCGUCUCCCGCACGCUCUUGUUGGCUUCGAGGGCGAGAUGGGCGAGACGAUGGCCAUCUCGAAGAACAAGAGCCACCAGGACUACGACGAGCUCGUGUACCAGCAAGGGGCGUGGCGGCGGCCCGAGAGCAUGCUGCCGGCCCGCAGGACGAAGCCCCGACCCGGGCCAGGGCAUCAGGGCCAAGCCUCGGGCCCCGAGGACAUGCCCAGGUCGAGGGACGCGAAGAUGCCUUCGUAGGACACACCAACCUCGCCAUGGAGCACAGCAACGGCGCCGACGGACGCGGCAGGGUCACCGUGAGCCACAUAAACGUUCCGACGGGGUACGCGAACGUUCCGUCGGCCCUGGGAAGCGUCACGGCGAGCCACGGCAAAGGCCCCGUGAGCUACGCCAGCCCCAGAGGCCACGCGGCCAUCCCUGACGUCCCAGAGGGCCGCGGCGGGGACGGGCGACGGCGGCAAAGGGCGUCCGCGGCACCAUCCUGCCGCCGCCGCCACCUCGAGCGGAGGGCGCAGCAGGCUCAACGUGUACGAGUUCCUGAAGGAGGACCGCGAGUACCCGGCGUGGGGCGUGCCUGAAGAGGAACACGAGUCCCACCAGUUGCAGGCCCCGAUGUUGGCCGGGAGCGAGGACGACUCGAACCGGCGGCGGCCCUUCGAGUUUUUCACGAGCAUCUUCAAGCGGCGGCGAGACCAGGAGGAGCCUGACGAGGAACCAAGCCCUCCGGACGUAACGCUGAACGAAGGUGGCGGGGUCGCAGGCCACGCUGACGGAGGAAGAGGAGGCGGUGGAGGGCGCCGUCAGCAGUCAGAACGAGGACCGCACGCAGCUCGUGGGUCAGCAGCGCCGCGUGAGCCAGGAAGGCGCCCUCUCUCUCUCCGAGGUCCACGAGCACCUCAUCCGCUCCCCGCCGCCCACGUCGCUCCCCAAGACCGUCGCCAAGAAUGUAUUCGUCUUCCCCAUCGCUAAGGGCGGCUUGGAUGACGCUGCGAUGGAGAGCGGCGGCAGCGGGAUCCCCGGACGAGCGCAUUCCCUGAAUCCUCUGGUCACGCGAGGACACGAGGAUGUCCUCGACCACCACCUCCGUCAGAUCCUCAACACGCAGAGGCAGCUCGUCGUCAACAAAGGACGCCAUGGUGACACGGGCGGGUUCACGUGCUCGAGCGUUCCCGGCUCCCCCGCCCACGGCCGCAGUCUGGCGCGCCGCUCUCCUCACUCCCGCACGCUGUCCGAGGAGGCCGCGACAGUGCAAUCCGUGGGCGGCGGGAGCCACGCGGGGAGCGCGGGCGUGAGUGUGGCGGGCGGCGUGGCCAGCGGGGUGGCCAUGGCUUCCUCCCUGGGCGUGGGUAUCACUGGAACGGGCGUGGGCGGUGGAGGAGGCGGCGGCGGAGGAGGAGGAGGAGGAGGCGCGGGCGCGGGCGUGGGUGCUUGCAGUAGUGGAGGGAGUCUGGCGCCCGUGCUGCUUCCCGGCCGCAGGAUGCCUUCCCCCAGCGACCUGCUGCUCAACCCCGCCAACCCGCCCACUAACAGCGCCACGCCCACUCCGCCCGUCCUUAAGCCUAUCAGCUCUAAGUCCAAAAGAAGUCCAGGAAUGCGUCCAGAGAGCCACCUGUCGACAGCAUCCUCUUCACUCAGCCUCCCUAUCCGAUACCCGCACCAACCCGCCCCCUCGGCUCACCUUGUGGAUAUCACGUGAUGACCUCUCCCCUUCCUGUCUCCCCCCUCCCCUUCCCCUUCCCCUAAGUGAAGGAGCUCCUCUACACCCUGCCACUCUUCCGGGUCUAACUCAUGUCUAACACUUCUAUUCCUUUCGUUCUCUCUCUCUCUCUCUCUCUCUCUCUCUCUCUCUCUCUCUCUCUCUCUCUCUCUCUCUCUCUCUCUCUCUCUCUCUCUCUCUACCUAUUACCCUUUUCUAAUCUUUUCCUUUCACUCCCAUUCCAUCUUCCUCUCCUCCCUCCCGUCUUUCUUCCUCCUUCUUGCUCCCUCACAGCAUCUUCGAGAUUCAAUAAUUGGCUCUCUAUCUACAACCCCCUCCCCUCAGACUGCUCCAUCGUGGGUGUGUUGAGUGACAAAGUGCAUUUAAUUCAGAACUCGGUUGUUGGUUAAGUCUAAUGGACGUUCUUAAGACAUGCUAUAAAUCCCUCAAUAUUAUUUCUCUUACAUACAUACAUAUAUAU